UUGAAGGCUGAAUUAGGUUAUGUGGAGUAUUAGCUUGAGUAAGCAGUAAAAUUUGGAACAUACAAAACACUCAAUUUCAUGGAAUUAAGCUAUCUUUCCUCUAUGCUUGCACCAAGCAAAUGUUAUCGUUCUCCAGGAUCUUUAUGAGAUUAGAUUCACCUGAUCCGAAGGAGUGGUUAUAGUCGAGUGGAUCAGAUGCUGCUUCAUAAUUCAGAGACCUGGGCUCAAAUCCCGGCCUGAACAAGAUAUUUUUCUCAGCAACUCUCAUGUUUUAGAUAGACACAUAAAGUUGUCGAUGCUGCCUGAAAACAGUCAUGUCAGAGGCUCUGAAAUUGAUCAAUUAUCCCAUGUGCAAUAGAUGUCACUACUGAAAUUGAUUUCCAUUUAGUAAUCCAUUCUGUGAGAUUUCAAUAAUAAUUGUAGCCAAAUUUUUUGGUAACAGGUACAAUUUUAAUUCAUUGCAGAUGUCCACAUGUGACCAGAGAACAGAUAGCCAAUCACCAGUCUCAGAGCACAAUUCAUUGAGUGGAGAAUCAGAUUCCAGGUUGACUAAGGCGAUUGAAAGAGAGGUGUGUGGUGGUAGAACAGCCAAAGUAGUAUCAGUAAGGUUGAAGGAUUCGUUUGAAGGCCGCAAUCAACAAAAGCUAUGUCCAUACCAGAUGGCGACAGUUACUGUUAAAAAGGAGGAGGAGGAGGAGGAGGAUGAUAGCAGCCAGCAACCAGCUGCAGUGGAAGAUGAUUGCAGCCAACAAAAUUAUCUAAUCCCUGGCUACAACAUGAUCUUCAUCAAAGAGGAGGCAUAUGACGAUCAAGAGGCUGAAGGAAGUGCAGUGAAGAGUGAACCAGAAAUAUGGCCUUCAAACUGCAGCACAUCUGGCCGAGACUAUGCAACAGAAGUGGGUGGACUGAAUGAGCAUUCAAUCUCUCCAGUGGAAAAGUGCACUGAGUCAUCUGUGGCUGGCAAAAAGACCAAGCUCUACAGCUGUGCUCACUGUAGCUUUAUAACACCAUGGUUCAGUCAUUUGAAGGUACACAUUAGAAAACACACUGGAGAAAAACCUUUCAGCUGCGAAUUUUGUGUUUUUAAAAGUGCUAGGUUAGGUGAUUUGAAAGCACAUAUCAGAACUCAUACAGGAGAAAAACCAUUCAACUGCAAGUUUUGUGACUACAAAAGUGAUCGGUUAGGUAAUUUGAAAACACAUAUCAGAACACAUACUGGAGAAAAACCUUUCAGCUGCAAGUUUUGUGAAUAUAAAUGUGCUGAUUCAAGUAGUUUAAAAAAACAUAUCAGAACUCAUACAGGAGAAAAACCUUUCAGCUGCGAGUUUUGUGACUUCAAAAGUGCUCAUUUAGGUGAUUUGAAGAAGCAUACCAGAACACAUACUGGAGAAAAACCUUUCAGCUGCAAGUUUUGUGAAUUUAAAUGUGCUGAUUCAAGUAGUUUAAAAAAACAUAUCAGAACUCAUACAGGAGACAAACCUUUCAGCUGCGAUAUUUGUGACUACAAAAGUGCUAGGUUAGGUCAUUUGAAAGAACAUACCAGAACACAUACUGGAGAAAAACCUUUCAGCUGCAAGUUUUGUGACUUCAAAAGUGCUCAUUUAGGUGAUUUGAAGAAGCAUACCAGAACACAUAGGUACUGGAGAAAAACCUUUCAGCUGCAAGUUUUGUGAAUUUAAAUGUUCUGAUUCAAGUAGUUUGAAAAACAUAUCAGAACUCAUACAGGAGAAAAACCUUUCAGCUGCGAGAUUUGUGACUUCAAAAGUGCUCAGCUAGGUAGUUUGAAAGCACAUAUCAGAACACAUACUGGAGAAAAACCUUUCAGCUGCAAGUUUUGUGAAUAUAAAUGUGCUGAUUCAAGUAGUUUAAAAAAACAUAUUAGAACUCAUACAGGAGAAAAACCUUUCAGCUGCUAGCUUUGUGACCAUAAAAGUGCUGUCUUAGGUACUUUGAAAAAACAUAUCAGAACACAUGCAGGAGAAACAACUCCUAGCUAAGCAUUUUUAGGGCCGGUUUCCAAGCUCAGGAUUUAGAUGAGUUCUAGACUUUAAACAGCUGGAGUCAGAAAAUUAGCUUUCCAAAAUGGGGUGUAGUCAUAGUUUCUAUGAUAAUUUUUUUUCUCAUUUCUAGAAUUUAGAAACGUUUUUCCUUGUCGAAAUGAUACAUUCCUAAAUAUUUCAAAAUAUCUGAAACUUUACACUAUUUUUUUUUAUUUUGUGUUCAAUUUUAUAUUUUUUUUGUAAUUUAAACAUCAACUAUGACUACACCUCAUUUCAGACAGCCAAUUUUCUGACUCCAGCAGUUUAAAGUCUAGAACUUAGCUAAAUCCCAAGUUCGGAAACUGGCCCUUACAAUGGCUAGUCUCGUAUAGAAUAGUCAUGUCCAUAAGUCACAUACUUUUCAAGAUAUAUGCGAAAACCUAAAAAAAUUUUACCUUUGACAUUUUAACCAUUCCCACCCCCCUUAGAACAGGGGGUAGUAGGAGUGGAGACUCUUGAUAUAUGUCUAUCAACUUACCCUAAACAGAGCUGUGGGGUCAAAGAUAGUCUGCCAGACAUUUCCACUGUACCCUAUUUAGAGCAUUUAUUUCCUGGACUAUAAAUGUUUAGGGAUGAAACAAAAAACAAACAUUCAACAAUCUCAAAAUAUUAUAUUCACAUUGUUCAUCACACUGAAUCUACAGAAUGGGUGAAAAAUCCGAGAACGGCUUAAUAUCUCAUACACAAAGGUAAUUUGAUGGUGGGUGUGAUUGGGGAUCUUAUUCAAAUUGAAAAAACUACUUUACAAUGAUUUUAAAUAUCUGGAUCCGCCAUAUUGAAUGCAACUUCAUUUUUUUAAAUAGGAAGGUGGUCAUGCAAUACAUGAUUUCGAUAUGGAAUUUCAAGAAAAAAUGAAUGCCGGAAACCCCAUAUCGUUAUCUCAAACCGUUUAGAAGAUAUUCACAUUAUUAAUCAACACCACUCAUGUAUUUCAUUUCUGAUUUGCAUGGUACUGAUUGAUAAUGUGAAUAUCUUCUGAACGGUUUGCAAUAUCGAUGUACGGUUUUCGCCAUUCAUUUUUCCUUGAAAUUCCAUAUGGAAAUCAUGUAUCUCAUGACCACCUUCCCAUUUGAAAAAAUAAAGUUGUAUUCGGUUUGAGAUAUCGAUAUGCAGUUUCCGCCAUUCAUUUUUUCUUGAAAUUCCAUAUCAAAAUCAUGUAUC